UUGAAAGCCCCCGAUGGACCGGGUGUUGUUAGAGGACCUGGGCGAUCCUCUGUGGCUGCCACUUUCCCCGAGAACGAUCUCCAGACCUUAGUCUGGCGCCGCUCCCGCCCACACCUCCAGGUGUGCAUUCCCCGCCCUUAAUUACUCUCCUAAAACUGAUAGUUUGCACUUGCAAAGUUUCACUGGGAAAGCGGAAGAGAAAUGUGUAACCCUGGCUAUGGAGAACUAGGGGAGCACAGUCACACUUGUUUUGGUCUGCAGACCGAGUCAAUGGAAAACUCAGACAGAAACGUGUGCACCUUUCUAGCAGAAAAGUCGACUCUUGGUUUCUUUGCAGCCUCCAGUUAGAGGCUGUGCUGGGAGAAACUUGGUGUCUUCCGCGAAGUUGAGAAACUGAACUACGAGAAAGGCCCUACUUCAGGGUUUUGCGGGCCCGCGAUGUUUUCCAGAGCUUUUCGAGUGGGACGAGUAGAGCGACAAAAUGAAAAUGCACCGUGUGGGGGAGCCCACCCAGCCCAGCAAGCUGGCGGACGCUGAGGUACACAGUUCCUCCUAGCAUGACUGUGAUCUGAUCAACAACUAAGGUAACUUGACUCCUGUGUCUGGCACUGCUGUGCUGGGGCCUGGUCACUGCCCACAACUACAGAGCUGCCAUGGUUGCUGCCUUCACUUCAACCCCUGUAAAUUCACAACCACAGUUCACAGCCAUGAAUGAACCACAGUGCUUCUACAAUGAGUCCAUUGCCUUCUUUUAUAACCGGAGUGGAAAGUAUCUUGCCACAGAAUGGAACACAGUCAGCAAGCUGGUGAUGGGACUUGGAAUCACUGUCUGUAUCUUCAUCAUGUUGGCCAACCUACUGGUCAUGGUAGCAAUCUAUGUCAACCGCCGCUUCCAUUUUCCUAUUUAUUACUUAAUGGCUAAUCUGGCUGCUGCAGACUUCUUUGCUGGGUUGGCUUAUUUCUACCUAAUGUUCAACACAGGACCCAACACUCGGAGACUGACUGUCAGCACGUGGCUGCUCCGCCAGGGCCUCAUUGACACCAGCCUGACGGCGUCUGUGGCCAACUUAUUGGCUAUUGCAAUCGAGAGGCACAUUACGGUUUUCCGCAUGCAGCUCCACACACGGAUGAGCAACCGGCGGGUGGUGGUGGUGAUUGUGGUCAUCUGGACUAUGGCCAUUGUCAUGGGUGCUAUACCCAGUGUGGGCUGGAACUGUAUCUGUGAUAUCGAAAAUUGUUCCAACAUGGCACCCCUCUACAGUGACUCUUACUUAGUCUUCUGGGCUAUUUUCAACUUGGUGACCUUUGUUGUCAUGGUGGUUCUCUAUGCUCAUAUCUUUGGCUAUGUUCGCCAGAGGACUAUGAGAAUGUCUCGGCAUAGUUCUGGACCCCGGAGGAAUCGGGAUACCAUGAUGAGUCUUCUGAAGACUGUGGUCAUUGUGCUUGGUGCCUUUAUCAUCUGCUGGACUCCUGGAUUGGUCCUGUUACUUCUCGAUGUGUGCUGUCCACAGUGUGACGUCCUGGCCUAUGAGAAAUUUUUCCUUCUGCUCGCCGAGUUCAACUCUGCCAUGAACCCCAUCAUCUACUCCUAUCGCGACAAGGAGAUGAGCGCCACCUUCAGACAGAUCCUGUGCUGCCAGCGUGGUGACAGCACCAGCGGCCCCACGGAAGGCUCUGACCGCUCAGCUUCCUCCCUCAACCACACCAUCUUGGCUGGAGUUCACAGCAAUGACCACUCUGUGGUUUAGAAAGGCAACUAAGAUGAGAAGCCAGCCAUCAUGGACGGAGGGAUGAACAGCCUUCCCCCGCCCCCAAUGCCAGGGCAAGGUGGGGUGUGAGAGAGGGGGAGGAAAAAUAAACUCAUGUACUUAAACACUAACCAAUGGCAGUAUUCGUCCCUAGACCCAACAAGACGUGAGAUAUGUUGAAAAUGAGUUUACGUGACAACCCUCAUCCUGAUCCCCAUUCCUUUUGAAAAGUAGAAAGUGGAGAUCUUGCCAUGGAAUUCAUAAACAGAUUCUGGAGUGUCCAUUUAGACUACACUAACUAGACUUCAAACGAUUUUGUGUGGUUUGGUGCAAGUCGGAAUAAAUUCUGACUAAUUGAAUCCACAACUUCAUCCACAUACAGGCUUCCCUUUUUUUAUUUCCAAAGGAUACAUUUCAUUAAAUAAACAUGUGUAUGCCUAUCAACAUGCUUGUGAUGGAUGAGACUAUAGGCUGUUUUUAAACUACCAUAACUCCAUUUUUUUCCUUAUGUGGGGAAACUGUAAAUUAGAAUGAUAUUUUAGAAAGCAUGCAUGUAAUGUAUGUAUGCAGUAUGCCUUACUUAAAAAGAUAAGAGGGUAUUGAUUUUAAAUCUUCUAGGACAUAGAAGAACCUAGAGGUCAAAGCCAGUAUUUGUUUAGGUUAUGAAACAAUGCUCUAAUCCUAAUAUUACCUUCUUAUCAAAGUGUUAUAACACAUGUUAAACAGGGAAUGUAAGUUUAUUACCAAAAGAAAAUGUACUCUAAAGAAGGUCCUAGAAGAUGAAACACAGUAAUACUGAUAUUUAUAAUAUCCAAGUACAUUCUAAUUAUCAGUACAUCAGAGGAAUGUUUUAAUAGCCUGUGUUUUUUCUGUAUUAUAAAAUAAGACAUAGUCAUUGUAGAAAACUUGAAAAAUACAGAAAUGUGUAAAACAGAAAAAAAGUUAGUAAUAUCACAACCCAGAAGUAACCACCAUUAACAGCUUUUCCCCCUGUGUAUGCCUCUAUGUAUAUUAUAUCCCUUUUUAUAUAAUUUGGAUCAUACGUAAACAAUUUUAUAACCAGUUUUUUUUUCCUUCCACUGCAGAGUUGCCACAUUUUCCUAUGGCAUUAAAAAUUUUACAAAAACAUAAUUUUACUGUCUAUACAAUAUUCCAUUUAAUGGAUGCAGCUCAGUUUAUUUAACCGUUCCCACACUGUUGACUACUUAGGUCAUUUCUAAUUUUCGCUACUAUAAAUAAUGUUGCAAAAAUUUUGUGUACAUACAACUUUGUCCAUAUAAUUGAUUAUUUACUUAGGACAUAUUCCCAUGAAGGAUUUUUUUUUUUUUAAAUGUGAAAUGUCUUUUUAUGCUCUUACCUUUUAUAAAAAGGGAUUUCCUGCUUUGUGCCAUACUGGUGGCAAUUGAGAGGAAAGCCAAUUAAAUUGCCUUUUUACACAGGAAAUGCAGUGGUCACUUUAGUUGAGAGUGACUUUUUUAUAUCACAAGAUGGACUAGAAACAGUCAACUGUCACAGAUAACCUGGACACUCUAAUGAAUAUGUCUAGCAAUCCCAAAUUUUGUUUGAGGAGCCAAUGUCCAGCUCUUGGUGGCCACACCCAUAAUGUAGAAGUGAAGAGAAUGCGAAGACAUCAAACAUGGCCAAGAGAAUAAAGGAUCUUCGUAGUAAAUGGCUUGGGACCCAUCUGUAGCAAAUGGGUUGAGUGCGUCAGUAUGGGACUGGAUACUCUGUAUUCUUUCGGAAUCACCUCCAGUAGACUGCCACCAUGGUAGGUGAUACCUGUUCAGUGAAUGGUCCAGAUGAACUAGUCAUUGCACCAGUUUGUUAGAAAAAGUAACCGGUCAAGUCAGAGUCAUGAAGCAGGUAUGGGAAAGUUGGGAGUAUGUUUAAGAGAAAGAUGUCCAGAAGAAUCAUUUUGUCUAGGAAGGAAAAAGUCUGCUCCAUCAGCAUUUGAGCAGAGGACAGACUUGUAAAGCGCCCACCGUGAAAAGAACGUGGGGAACCAGUUAGCAGAAAGGUGUUUGCACAUUCUUUAUACAAAAUACAGAGCAUGUUAUGUUGGAAGUGACUGAAAUGAACUUGGACUUUCAUGUGCAUAUAUUCUGGACUAUUUGAAAUUAAAACAUACUAAUUGGACCUUAAUAAAUUCAUCUUCAGUCAGUG